UUUGCGGUUGUUUUUGUGGACCAAUUGUGUGAUAUUUAUUGUGGCGGCAGCUCUUCCGGAAGCGAUGAUAAGUGAUGUGAAACACGUGGUGUUAGUGCUGUCCGGCAAAGGAGGUGUCGGCAAGAGUACAGUCGCCGUACAGCUGGCUCUGGCCCUCACACACGGCGGCAAUCAUAAGGGAAAGGACAGCGCAGUCAUAUGGAGGGGUCCGAAGAAGAACGCUAUGAUUCGCCAAUUUCUAACUGAUGUUAAUUGGGGUGAAUUGGAUUACCUGAUUGUCGACACCCCUCCCGGCACUUCCGAUGAGCACAUCUCUGUGGUCGAGUGUCUCAAAGAGUUCCGCAAUCCGGACGGAGCCGUUCUCGUCACUACACCGCAGGCCCUGUCCAUCGGUGACGUUCGCCGAGAGAUCACGUUUUGUCGCAAAGGAAAUAUCAAUAUAUUAGGAGUCGUCGAGAAUAUGAGCGGUUAUGUGUGUCCGCACUGU